AUGGCCAUCGCCGUCUUGCUGUGGAGGCUCAUGGGCUUCCCGCUGUCGUGGCGCAAAGGAUCCAGAGGCACGCAAAUAUCGUGGAUUGGCGGACAUGUUGCCCUCAAGGCAGGCCACGCUGGCGUCUCCGUUCGAAUCGCGCAGGAGACAUUCGAGGAUGCCCGGCAGAUGGUGGAGACCAUUCUCGGCGCAAACGUGGUGGCGAAGCGGGCCCUCAACUCGGCCAUGGGAAAAUUGGCGCACAUCGCGAACCUGAUCCUUGUUUGGAGGCCUUUUAUGGCGUCCCUGUAUACAGCGCUGCACGCAGAUUCGCCUCCAGGGUGCCCGCCUGGAUGCGUAUGGGUAAAGCAGAUAUCGAAAUCGCUCAGGUGGUUUCGUACUUUCUUUUUCUUGUCAGGAGGCUUCGUGGAACGCGACUUCGACGUACGUUGUUUCCUUCGGGUGGGCGUCGACCUGGAGAUCAUUAUCGAUGCUUCUCCGUGGGGUCUCGGCGGCAUAUUAAUGGUCAGUGGCACCUGCAAGGAGCAUUUCUCUUCGGCGCUCACUGUGCUGGACGAAGCGCUGUUCUCGCAGGUCCGCGGCUCCGCGGACGGGCAGCAUAUAUGGGAAUGCCUCGCGGCGCUAGAGGCACUGCCUCUGUGGAGGCACGUCUGGGGUCAGCGUUCGCUGAUUCUGCGGAUCAGAGGCGGGUCCAUGACCAUGUUGUCGCUGAUCGUCAACCUUCGGCCCGGCGCCGAACAGCUGGGCCUGAUAGGCAUGGAGAUCGCGAUGGAGUGCGCCCAAGCGGUCUUCGUGCCCGUCCUCGCCAAGCACAUCCCGGGGGUAGCCGACGUCGCGGCGGACGUGCUUUCCCGCUGCCCCCAACCCGGAUACCAGCACGUGGAGCACAUCAUGCUGAAGAACUCGUUCGGUCAAGAAGUACCUGCACGCGACAAGAGCUACUACAUCACGCUCACGGAGCCCGACGUGCCCGAGAAGAGGGGGUGA